AUAUCAAUUACUUUGUCUAGGGUACUUCCAGCAUUUUAUAAAAGCUGAGGUCUAGACAUAGUUUUAACACAGAACUUGAGCAAAUUUUCACAGCAAUGUCGAAAGUAGCUCUACUUUUGGUUUUAGCCCUCGGCCUGAUAGCUGUCCAAGCCCAGGAUCCAAGUCAAGCUCAGGCAGCUUGUCGCAGGAUAUCGAAUAGAUGUACAAAUGCCCAUCAAAACCAACAAAACGAUGUGUCAGGUGCUUUUAAUCGAGCCUGCAGAAUUGUAGAUAGAAACUGGCGAGCUAUCAGCCGUUGCGAAUUGACCAGGGCCACAUGUGCUUUAACCUGGGAGAAUUGCCAAACCCUCUCUUGUGCCAAUGUGCGACGAGCUCUUGGCGGAGGAGGAUCAAAUCCAAGUCCUCGCACAACAACUCGUCGAACUCCCACGCCAAGAACAACACGUCGGGGUCCCACACCUAGAACAACUCGUCGGGGUCCCACACCUAGAACAACUCGUCGAGGUCCAACACCGAGAACCACUCGUCGAAAUCCCUCGCCGCAAACAACUCGUCGAGGUCCAACACCUAGAACAACUCGUCGAAAUCCUACACCAAGAACAACUCGAACUCCCGACCGAAGAACCCAAAGAACUACCACAUCGAGAACCACAACUCGUCGAUCGCCGAAUCCUCCCAGGCCCCCAAGGCCUCCAAGGCCCCCAAGGCCACCUAGGCGUGGAGCUGCCGUACCGACUCCCGACCCAGAUGAGUAAUCCAGGAAUAACAGAGUUUUAAAAUUUCGAUUUCAACCCGUUAACAUCAUUAUUAAAUCUUUCAAUGCUCUCUAAA